GUCACACACAGUCACAGCCAGGCAGUGUAGUCGACCGCCGAUAGCGUGCCAGCCGCAAAGACAGCUGAGGCGACCCAGCAGCAGCUUAACACUCUCUGACAGGCUCAGAAGUCACACGGUACUCUGCUCGGACAACUCUGUAACCAUUGGAACUUAUGGCUGAGAGUGAGGAUAUCUUCCUCAGGGCCAAACAUCGGACAUUCAGCGGACUGACUGAAGAUGCAGAGCGUGAGUGGACGGGACCAUUUUACUUCAUCCAGGCCGCGGACCCCCAACUCGGGCUGAUGAAGGCCUGGAGGGAGGGCGACUGUGAUGGCGGAGGGGACGAGUGGGCCGAGGAGGUUGAGCUCACCAAGCAGGCUGUGGAGGCAGUGAACCAGCUCCGACCCAGGCCAAGGUUCAUGGUGCUGUGUGGCGACCUGGUCCAUGCCAUGCCCGACACCCCAUACAGAGAAGAUCAGGAGCGAGACCUGAAGGCCGCCUUGAUGGGGACAGAUCCCUCCAUCCCGCUGGUAUUUGUGAGUGGGAACCAUGACCUGGGAAACACCCCUACCCCAAGGACAGUGGAGCAUUACUGCAGUGCUUGGGGGAAUGACUAUUUUAGUUUCUGGGUGGGUGGAGUCUUCUGCCUGGUUCUGAACUCCCAGUUGUUCUAUGACGCCUCUGCCUGCCCUCAACUGAAGGAUGCCCAGGAGACGUGGCUCGAGGAGCAGCUGAGCCGAGCUGCCUCCUCAACGGAACCCAAACCCAAGCACAUCCUGGUGUUCCAGCACAUUCCCCUGUACCUAAAGAGCCCUGACGAGGACGACGACUACUUCAACCUGCAGAGGGUGGUCAGACAAAACCUGCUGGACAGGUUCAAGAAGGCAGGAGUGAAAGCUGUCUUCUCUGGCCAUUAUCACCGGAACGCCGGUGGUUGCCAUGACGGCCUGGACAUGGUCGUGAGCUCGGCGAUCGGCUGCCAGCUCGGCGUGGACACCCACGGCAUCAGGGUGGUGGUAGUGACUGCAGACGGUGUCAUCCAUCGCUACCACAGCCUAGAGCAUCUGAAGGCGCGAGGCAUGGAUGAGGACCUCAGGAAGCUCCUGCAGGCUUGAGGGCCCAAGGAGGGAAAAUCAGGAAAAACUCAGCUUGUCAACGGCUUGUUUUUUUUGUGUCAAUUGUUUUGUUUUAAUUAUACAGUUUUGAGCCCCUGUUCUUCUAAGCACACAACAAGGAGACUGGCGCGUUGGUCAACUCAUGCGUCAGCAGAUAAGAAUGUGAGAUAUUAAUAUUAUUCAUACUGUGUGUUCCAAGUAGAUAAUUUGCUCGAUUAUGAUGAGCUAAGACUUAGGCUUCUGAUCUGCCAGGGACCCAAUCUCCCACAAUUCUGUGUAUUCAUCAAAAUGGAAUAAAAUAAUUGUAAGAUUAAUAUGGAGGCAUGUUCGGUCAGAAACAAGAGGAAAGCAGUGAAUUUAAACCAACAAAGAUGCAACUACAUGCCGACACACGCAUUAUAAAGUGCCCAGAAUCUUUUAAAAUUAAACUGAGUUUAUGUUUUCUCGCUACUGAAUGUUUUCCUAGAUGCAUCUCCUGGCGGAUGUUAUUAUCACUGGCCUAAAUGUGGUCUAAAACUAGAGGUUCUUUUGUGGAGAAGCACAUCCUACCACACAGUCCUCCUGUAUCAGAAAGAGACUGACACCCACUCUUUCUGUGCACUGUAAAUGUUAAAGGUCAAGAAGAUACACUAUGGUAAAGGUACAUGUCAUAUGUGUCUUACUUUAAAUGGAUCCAAACUUUUCCAGCGUAAAAGGGAAGAUUCCACCUUAAAACUUUCAAGGUGCAUCUGGUUGUCUGGGGGUCCAGUUUUCCUCCUGUUUCUCUGCAUAUUACCGAGGUGACAAUGCAAAUUCAUCAAAAAAGAGGAAGAGAAAGGAGUUCUUGUCCAACAGCAGACGGGAAUGCGAGGCAGCCACAGGGUUUGUUUGCAAAAUUCACUUUGGGAACGUUCUUUGAAGGCGGUUGAAAAGCAUCAUGAGAGUUGUAGGAAAUCACAAAGUUAUUUAGAUAUAGAUCUGACGGGUUGAGACAAAUUGUGGGCGAAUGACAAUCUAACAAUGUGAGCGUAACAAAGGGUGGAAUUUUCUUUUAAUGGUCCUAAAAUAUCCAGCUGUCGUAGCUAUUUCUAUGUUUGCUGUUGCUGCAGUCUAAUACCUUGUUGGCUAUCCUAUGCAAUCCAUUCACUUCACCUGUGUAUGUGUGUGUGUGUGUGUGUAUGUGUGUUUUUUACUGUUUAUCGUGGUACGUUGUUUGAAUGACCUCGAACAUGUAGCGUUAAUUGCUGACCGAUGACCAGUUUAUAGCCCCUUACACUGCCCUUGCAGACUAAAGAUAACUGUUCAGAGUAAAACUGAGAAGUGUGCGUGUCUAGCAGUAUACUGUAUUACAUAGUCUUUGUAUAUAAGUGGACUUGGAAAAUUUUUCUUAAUCCAUAUUAAUUAUAACAGAAAUGACAAUCUUGUUUCUGACUAACACUGAUUUUAAUAAGUUAAAAGUUAUAAUCCUUAAGAAUUGAGUUCUGGUUGAUGAAGAAAAUAUUGUCACAGACGUUGCCCGUGUAAUUUAUUGAUUGAUUGACCUCCGUGACAAAUACAAAGCCCAAUAAAAGCCAGUUUACUUCACUUUUAACGUGAAGGAGCAGCAGCAGUACGAAAUGUUGGGUUUGCACUAGCAGUAACUUUAUACAGUUAUCGAUCAGAUAAAAUUACAAACAGUAACACUGGAUUAUAUACAUGAUUCAUGUGAAUGCCCAGUGAAGGGAAUUUAAACACUAACAAGGAAAACUAUUACAUAAAGGAGUAAUUACAGAGUUAUUGCAGGAAAUGGGACCAUAAAUAGUAUCAAUUGAAAAUCCCAAGGAUUAUAACAUAAAUGUCUUUUUCCUUUGUUGCGUCGUAUAACAGAGCUUACUCAUGCCCAAAUCCAUUUCUCUUACACUACUCCAGUACAGAUAAAUUACUCCGAUGUGUUGCAAUAUCCAUUUGGUUUCUCCUAGUUACUUGUUUAUUAAAGCGUAGAUCAAACUGACUGCUUUUCCCUGCAGUGUGAUGUUUUUGUGAUGAAAAUAUUUCAUCAUUGGAUCCGAGUUUAUAUCAAAAUGUAUGAUGCAACACUUCAAAUUUAAUCCCACCUAAUUGGUUUAAUCUGCCUGGAAUCCUUGCUGUGAACCCUGCACACGCACACACACAGAAGUGCUCGGCGCAUAAAAUGAAUAAAUUGUGAUUGUGGUGUUAAAUGACAAACUAUAAAGGACUGGUGUCAGGCGGUUAACACACAGUGAUGUGAUCUGUUAGUGAUUAAUGGUAGGAGGAGCACAGUAUUCAUAGACGGUGUUACAGUCUACUGGCUGCAGACUUAUUUGGAAGCUCACAGUCCCGAAAUUGUCUUUAAAUUGGACGUUACUGCUGCAAAAUCACUUUCUCUAUGAGCCCUAAAUGACUACUCGAUUACACUUUCCACACACACACAGACUCUCACACUCAUCUUGACCGAUUGGGAAUUUAAGAUAGUUGUCAUGGCAACCCCUUAGCAACACAUCUGUGUGUCUCUGAGAGAGACUGCGAGUAUUGGAGAGAACGUAUAGAACGUACUCCCCCAUCUGUGUGUGUGUCUCCGUGGUCUGGUGGUUACUGUAGGUGAUUUUUUCCAUCAGCAAUACGAUCGCUGACCUCAUUUCACACCGACGGGUUCUGUCUCUUUUCCAAAAAGUCAGCAUGCGAUGGAGGGAGGAGGGGGGUGAGAGGAAUGGAUAAUGAGUGUGAUGUGUGAAAGUCCAUCUCCUUCAUUUCCUGUUUGAGAAGGAACCUUAUGUCCUUAUCUAUUUUUAUAUCCUUGUGGUAGCCGAGCUCAAUCACAUUGUUCUUUAUCUUUUCUGUGUGUAUGAAUUUGUUUUAGAGCACAUUUGCUCUAUGAAUUGGGGAACAUCACACACUUUGACUCGUUCCCGUGUCAAAUUCUAAUGAAUGACCUAUACUGAACACCAUGACUGUGACAUGAUUGGUUGUAUUUUUAUAAUAAAUGUUGAUUUUAUCUAAUGA